AUGUACCUGUUGAUCUGCAUGCUGGCGCUUGUAGACAUCGGCAUGUCUACCUCCGUCGUGCCGAAGGCACUGUGUAUAUUUUGGUUCAAUUUGAAAGGCAUUACUGUGGGUGGCUGCCUCACACAGAUGUUCUUCCUUUAUGUAGUUUGUGAUAUGCACUCAGCCAUCCUUGUGAUAAUGGCAUUUGAUCGCUACAUUGCCAUAUGUAACCCUCUCAGAUAUGCGGCUAUCCUCACCAAUCCACGGAUAGCUAAGCUAGGGCUAGUGGUUUUGAUAAGAGCUGUUCUCUUCAUUUUGCCCCUACCCAUGCUCCUGAGCAGGCAGCCAUUCUGUGGCAACCGCAUUAUCCCCCACACGUACUGCAACUACAUGGCUGUGGUGAAGAUAUCGUGUGGGGACACCACAGUCAACAGGAUGUAUGGCUUGGUGAUAGCAUUUGUAAUCACUGUGUUAGACCUAACGAUCAUUGCCCUGUCCUACGGUCUGAUCAUCAGGGCUGUCUUCAGAAUCUCCUCCAAGACAGCCCACCAGAAAGCCUUCAACACCUGCACAGCCCACAUCUCUGUGAUACUGAUGUCUUAUACUCCCUGCCUCUUCACUUUUCUGACACACCACUUCAGUCAAGGCUUCGCUCCCCAAGUUCACAUCAUCUUCGCCAACCUCUACUUCCUCAUCCCCAGCAUGCUCAACCCUAUCAUUUAUGGUGUCAAAACCAAGGAGCUUCAUGACAAAAUGUGCAACUACACCAGAAGAAGGUGA